UUACCUGUGCGCGCGGUCGGCUGCUGUUUGCUGUGCGUCAGGUGAGAGGAGCUCGCGCCAUGGGGCUCAUGUACUCCGAGCCGGUGUUGGAGGCGUCUUACUCUGGAGACUUGCGUCAGCUCUACGCUCUGCUCAAACUCCACCCACAAUCUGUCAAUGCCCAGGACUCUUAUUUUGGUGACACGCCGCUCAUCGCUUCCUGUCGCCGCGGUGACGCCAAGACCGCCCACUUCCUGUUGGUCAGAGGAGCCGACCCCUCCCUCCGCAACAAGAAGGAGCGCACCUGUCUGCACUACGUUUGCCGUCAGACCCUGUCAGUUCUGGACUUCCUGAUGAUCUGUAUCCUGAUGCCCAUCCUGCUGCUGGGCUACUUCCUCUUGUUGCAGAAGCAGAGGAACCAGGCGUCUCUGCUACAGGAGCUUCUGGAGCGAGGAGCCGACGUCAACGCUGUCGACUACAAGGGAAACACGGCACUGCAUUAUCUGUGUCUGAGGAAAAACCACCGCCUGGUCCCAGCGCUGCUGCAGAGACACGCCCACCUCCAUAUAAGGAACAAGGACGGGGAGACGCCUCUGGACAUCGCGCUCAGACUCGGGCACCUCAGAAUCAUCCGUCUGCUGCAGAAAUCCCACUGACCCAGUACGCACCAUGAGAUACACUUUAAAGCAGCACUACGAAACUUCAGCACCAGAGCUUUAAAUAUGGCAGUAUAAUCCAGAGGUGUAGGAGUCAAAAAUUUCACAUAAGUAAGAGUGACAUUACUUCAAAAUAAUAUUACUCAAGUAGAAGGAGAAAGUAGUGGUCCAAGAAAUGACUCAAGUUGGACUAAAGAAGUACUUGGAAAAAGUACUACUCAAGUAAGAGUAACUUAACAAGUAACUGUCGGGAUGUAACAGCUGAUUUACAAUUUGAAGUUAAUGUAAUGUGAAGGACAAAAUAUUAAAUACUGCAUAAAAUCUGGUAUUUUACAAAGGACAGACACAAAACUGAAACCUAAUCAAGAAACACACUGUACAAUUUAUCACUCAAUAUAUUUGAUUUGUAAAAGUACUCUUACUUGAGUAAAAGUUGUUGUUCCUCUUCCCAAGUGACAAAAGCCUUAUGUCGACAAUAUGAAGUAAUUUUUGGCUGCUCUAUCACCUCUGUCAGGGACUUACAACAACAUUUAAUAAGUUAGUUCUCAAGGUUUAAGGUUUAUGGUUACUGUCUCUAAAUAGUAGCACAUUACAAAUACUCAUGUUACUGUAUUUGAGUAGAUUUACUAACGAUGUAGUUGUAAUUAAUACUGUACAAGUCUCAAGCGUCCCAAUCUACGUCUGUCUCUGCUCGUCUCUAAACCGACAACUAAUUUUGGUGAAUGGUGAUCUAAAAUGCUGCUCACAAUCUGUAGUAACUAGUACUCUGAAUGGUAUUUUUCAUGCACUUUUACUUCAGUACAAUUUUUGGAAGCAGUAUUUGUACUUGUAGUAGCUUUUUCAGAUGAUGUCACCAUUUUCUACAGGCCAAACAUAUUUAGCGGUUAAAAUGAAUAUCGUUAAAGUGCAGAUUUGUGUUGUAAGACGUCAAUUCUUGGGUCUAGUCACGAAUACAAAUGAUCAGGAUCAACAUUUGUGAAUUAUCAAUGGUGGAAAACGUAAAGACGUAGCAAAGUACUUGUCCAAAAAACUGUUCUCGAUGCGCUGUUUACCAAAAAAAAAAAAAAAACUCAGGACAAGCGUUAGACUUUUCUUGCUCUGAUCCAAGGGGAGAGAGCAGACAGGACUUUUCUUAUCUUUCUUUUCAGGUUACUCAGCGUUUGACCUUUGACCCCACCCUCGUUUCCUGUUUCUCAGUUCAGUUACUUUUCAAUUUACCGUAAAUUUCGGGCUAUAAGCCGCUACUUUUUUUCCCACACUUUGAACCCUGCGGCGUAUACAACAGUGCGGCUAAUUUAAAGAUUUUUACUGCCUAACGGACACUGGGGGGCGCUCUAACAGUAAAUGUGAAAGUGAGACAUGGGGGAAGAUUAUGAACUGAACUGCUUUUCAGACGCACACAAAAAGCGUUUCCUAAAUUAAAACAAAAAAAACCUUCUGUGUACCAUCUUUCUGUGUAAAUAUCACACGUUACAACACAAAAACCUGCGGCUUAUAUAUGUACAAAAUGUAUUUUCUUUUCAAAUUUAGCUGGUGCGGCUCAUAUUCAGGUGCGCUCUGUAGUCCGAAUUUUACGGUAGUUUAAUACAUUUCAAUUACACACAUACAGUUCAUUAAUGAUAAAAAUAUAAGCACAAAUACAAGCAAAAUGCAUACUUCAGUACAUUUUAAAGUGGAUAUUUUUUACUUUUGCGUCACUACGUUUGAGAGCAGUAUCUGUACUUCCUGCUCCACUAUAUUUUUGAACAGGACUGAAAAGUAAAAGUACUUUUUAUUGUUGUCUAAGACUUGGCUUUAUUCUCAACACGUCCAACAUGACCAGACUCGCGUUUAUUUGGAGUUUUUGUUCUACUUUAAUUACAGUUCUUAGUUCGGUUACGUCAAGUAUUUUUUUUAUUUUCUGUCUUUUUAAACAAACAAAAUGAAUACACUCUUUUCCCAUAAGUCCUUGCGUCUCACGUUCUUAAGUAACACGUCCUCGUUGUAUAGGUACAAUAGAAUUAUCAAAUUGAACUGUUUUUAGUUUUAAAUUAAUAUAUAUAUUGAAAUCAACCGUCUAAUGAAUUUUAUAACAGCUUUUUUGUAUUUUUAACUUUCAGGGAACUACAUAUAUAAAUAAAAACACAAAAUUCAGCUCAAAUCUUUAUCAAAAUCUGUUUGAAAUACUUUUACAUUUUACUCUAAGGACAUUUUUAAACAGGUACUUUAAUACUUUUCCUUAAGUAGAUUUUUUAGGUGAUACUUUUACUUGAGCAUUAUUUUGCUCCUGUAUCUGUACUUUUACUUACCACAACUGAGUACUUCUUCCACCGCUGGAAUUGACCUUUUGUACACAGUAUUUUCAUGGUAAAGUACAAUGUAACGGGGAAAACUGCAUCUGUCCGUCUGAGAGUACGACGUCCAUUUUGCCACAAGUACAAGUACAAGUCUUAAAGUACUGUGCUUAAGUAGAAUUUUAGGUAUCUAUACUUAAGUAUGUUUCACAGUGGAUACGUUUUACUUUUAUUUCACUACAUUUGAGAGCAGUAUUUGUACUUUCUUCUCCACUACAUGUUUGAACUGGACUGAAAAGUAAAAGUGGGGUUAUUUUUCCUGACUAAAGUUUUCGAGUUGAAGCUUCGACUUUGAAUUAAAAAGUUUUUCAAACGGGUACUUUAAUACUGUUACUUUAAUAUAUUUUUUUCAUGCGAUACUUUUACUUGAGUAACUUUUUUUUACGUGUGUAUCUGUACUUUUACUCAAGUAACGUCUGACUGAGUACAUUUUUCGCCGUGUGACUGGACUUUGAGACUGAUACUUCCUGGACCAAAGUGUUUCAUGUUAACUUGCUCCUAAUUUGCUGAAAUGUUUCUGUUUUUAACGUUUGGAAAAUAAUAUACUUUUACUCUUUUAGAAAUGUUUAAAGUAAAAGUAUACAGAGGUACUUUUGCACAUAUACUGGACCUGUUACAUUUCAGAACUUUGUCCUAAAGUUAUUAAAAUAUCUGAAUUUU